GGCACAACCUCGGGGGGAAGGCAGGCGGUCUCUCUCAAGGGCUUGCUUCCGAGUAGGCCGCUUGUCAGCCAGGGGAUUAUUCCUCUUGUUGUUGUUUAGUCGUGUCCGACUCCUGUCAGGAAGCCCCUUUUGCGUCUGACUGACUUUCCCCUCGGAGAAGCUCUGAAUGGGGGCCAUGAGCGACAAAACGUUCUCUUGAGGGGGAAGUCAGGGCAUCUAAUGGGGCUUCCUCGCAAGUAAGUGGGGCCACUUACUCAGGAGUCUGUCUUCCCCUUUGGGCGCCCUGACUGGCACUGAGCUGCUCUGAGGGGAAAGCUAGUCAGGGUCAAGGAGGGCUGGGACCUAACUUUGGAGUUAUCAUUAAUUAGUGGGACUUACUUCUGAGUGAUUAGCAUUAUUAAUUACAUUGUUGUUAUUAUUACCCUCGCAAAGGCAAGCCCCAUUUGGCACCCUGAAGGACUUUUCCCUCAGGCAACAUUUUUGUUACUUCUUCUUCUUAUAUUAUUAUUAUUAUUAUUAUUAUCAUCAUUAUUAUUAGCUUCCCUGAGAGGAAAAGGCAGGCAGUGAGGACACCGAACGAGGCUUACUUCCCAGGAUUUGGAUCAGGGCCGGCAGCGAGAGUGGCAUGCCCAGACUCCUGACAAGGCACUCACUUCAGUUUUGGGGCUCUCUCUGAAAAGCAAAACUUUGACUUCUGCAUGCUGGGCCACUUAUGCUUUCCUGACACACUUCUUUCUUUUGGUUAACAGGUAACAGAUUUUCAUGACAGAUAAUGCAAUAAAUAGACUCCUCUCUUUCCACGCAAACAGAAAACAAUUGUAAAUACACAGAGCACUUUUCAACGUUUGUUCCACAUAGCAAAGCGUAUUGACCUGUUUUCUUUAUUGGAUGCCAAGUUCAAUUAAAAUAAUAGGGAGAUUUCUUUUCUCUUUUUUUAAAUGAUUAUUUGAACAACUUUUCUGCCCUCUAGUGGACUCUGCUUCAAAAGGCACAUCCACCUUUGUUUUGGAAGACCAGCAUGGGAUGAAUGAAGAGUGCUCACAUUCUGCUGAGUCUCAUGCUUAGGUUACAUAAGGCUGCAAGUCUAAUCCUGCUUACCUGCUGCGCUUAUUCAGUAGAGUUACCUCUGAGUAAACGUGGUUAGGACUGGGCUGCUAUUCCUUUGAACAUCCAGUGGGCAGAACAUUUAGGUUCUCUUUUCCAAAGUUCAACUUUCUCCACCAAAAUCGAUGCUUCUUUUAAAGAGUCUUUCAGAUUCCUGUUGGUUGAUCUGACGAUGUGGACGCUAGCCCAUGAGCAGUAAAACUGUUAGUCUUUCGGGUACCACAAGACUCUUGGCUGGUUUUGCUCUUUGGGGUGUUCCUUUAUUGCACUGCUCUGAGCAGGUGUCCGAGGGUGUUCAUAGUAUAUUGUCUCUUAGGUGCUGUAGUCUAGUGCAGGAGUAGACAACCCUUUUUCUUCUGCCAAGGCCACAUUCCCUUGAAAGCAAGCAAUCUGUCAGGGGCCACAAGUAACCAGCAAUGGGCAUCAUGGGAGGAAUCAAAUCCUGGGAUGUGGUGGUUUUAGCAGGUGACCAUUGGUGUGAGUUAAUUUGGUUUUUAGCCUGUUGUUAUUUUAACUGUGUGUAUUGAAUUAUUGCUCUUUUUCUCAAGUGAAAAUCUUAUUUUGCUCUUUCUUUUGUAAACCAUUUUGAGUGGUGGGUUGGCAAUGAAAUUCAGAGUUGGUUAUCAGGAGGAGCACCCGAUGCUUCCACAGUGGCUGCCAACACUGUCUACGAUGCUUCAUCCCCUUCACCCUCCCUUAGACAGGCUCAUCUCAAACUGCAGCUCCGGAGUCCCUCCAUUAAGCCUGCUGCUGGGUCCAGGCCAAGGAGGUGGGGAGAGGCAGGGCGCCUUUUGUUCAAUUCUCUAUUGCUCAUUUGCCAAAAAACAAAAGCGCUCGCUCAGACGCCAGGCAGAGUGCUGAGGUGGCAGCUUGUGGGCCGCCGCUGGCAAUCCCUCUGAGCGGAAGCCACGGGCCGGGCGCUAGGCCCACCUGCCUGCUUCCCAGAGGGGCAGAGAGAGGCCCCUAGAAAAUAAGUGACCCCUCUCCCCGGCAUCUUGGGAGAUUGGCCAGACUUAACUGUUUCAAGGUUCCUGGGCAGAAGGGAGUUCCACAGCCCUAGCCUGGGAGAGAGAAACACAGAAUCUUGUGCAUCUUUCACAAUAUCUGGGGGGAUGCAAAAAAAGUGAUAAGCCAUGGUUGUCCUAAAGAACCAUUACUCCCUCAAAAGCAGCAGGGGUGGGGGAACUUUUUCAGCCCAAGGGCCACAUUUCCCUUCCAAGGGGCCACAUACCAUUGGUGGGCGGGGCCAGAGCAAUCAAUGGAAAUUUUACCUUUAUACAGUAGGCUAGUUUCUGCACCUGCACUCAAGAACCCCUCUCUGCCCUCUAUCCAGACAAGCAGGAGGCAUUACCAGAGCUCAGUGAUUCACUGACUCAUUGAUGCACUCAAGGAGGGGGCGAAUGAGGACUGAUGAAGGGUGUGGCCUGGAGAGAGCGGAUGUGGCCUGGGAAGAGUCCCAAGGGCCAGACAGAAAGGCCUGCAGGGCCACAUUUCUCUCCUGAUCUGCAGGUUCCCCGUUCCUGCUCAAAAACAACAACAUAUCCUGCUUCAUGCCAACAGGCUCCAAAACUCAAAACUAUUUGCUCCUUUUUCAGAUCCUAGCCCAAUGCUAUUGCAGCUCUCGGCCUGGGAUACACUAGCCAGGCAUUCCUGCAGGCGGCCCCCACCCUGGGUGGGUGAUGGGCGAUUGGAUGCACCCUCAGCCAAGAAUGCAACUUGGACGGGGGAAGCGAGCCGUUGAAAUCUCUGGGGAUCAAGGGAGGCUCAGUGGCAGAGAAUGCAUCGUGCUGACCACAGCUCAAAGUUUGCCCGGUGCCUAUUGGGACGCUGGCCCUAUAUAAACAAACAGGGACGGUCCAGGCAGCAGGGCGGCCCAUGGAGGAACUGUCACCAUUCAGCGAGCGAGAACUCAGCCACGCAGCCAAGAUGGCACAAAUAAACCCUCAACCGGCGCAGGUGGGCACGUGGAAGAUCACUGCCUACGAUCAGGAGAACUUCCAGGGCAAACGGAUGGAGUUCGCCACCUCCUGCCCCAGCAUCGUGGAGUGCAGCUUCGACAACGUGCGCUCGCUCAAGGUGGAAAGUGGCGCCUGGUUUGGCUAUGAGCACACCAACUUCUGCGGGCAGCAGUUUGUCCUGGAGCGCGGAGAGUAUCCCCGCUGGGAGGCCUGGAGCGGCAGCAACGCCUACCAUGUGGAGCGGCUGAUGUCCUUCCGCCCCAUCUCCUCCGCAAGCCACAAGGAGUCCAAGAUCACCCUUUACGAAAAGGAGAACUUCAUGGGGCAGCCGUGGGAGGUCCAUGAUGACUACCCUUCCCUGCAGGCCAUGGGCUGGAACAACAGCGAAGUGGGCUCCAUGAAGAUCCACUGUGGCGCGUGGGUUUGCUACCAGUACCCCGGCUACCGCGGCUACCAGUACAUCCUGGAGUCCGACCACCACGGCGGAGACUACAAGCACUGGCGGGAGUGGGGCUCUCACGCCCAAACCUUCCAGAUCCAGUCAGUCCGGCGCAUCCAGCAGUAGGCCUGAAGGCAAGUGCGUGCACACACACACACCCUGGAGCAGAGCGUCAGGGCUGCAAGUUGCCAGCGCAGAAGGGAGGGCUCCGUUUUUCACCCCACCUCCCCCCAGUUCCCCACACAGGUGCUUAAACCUCUCUCCCCCCCCCCCACCCCUUGGUCCUCUUGGGCCGGGGGAAUCCUUCUCUCCAGCAUCUUCCUUGCUGCCACAAAGAGGAAGGAAACACCUGGGAAGGAAGUGUGUGUGUGUGAAGCAGGAAGCACUUUGUACAUGCUCUGGUGUCAACGUGUUUGCGCAAGAUGCACAGGGCACUGUAGGCAGGCAGAAAGACAGCAGCCUAAUGUUCCCUGCAUGCUUAAAAAUAAAGCCAGGCUUGUUCUCAAA